AUGGGCACAAAUGGAGGAGUCAUUGCGGAACAGUCAAUGGAAAUCGAAACAAAUGAAAACCCAGAUAAGGUAGAGGAGCCCGUCGUGAGAAGGAAACGAGUAACCCGCAGGCGCCACAGGCGGAUACACAGCAAGAAUAACUGCUUGACACCUCCAAACAGCGAUGACGACCCUCAAAUGAGCACACCAGAUGAUCCAGUCAUCCACAGUCCACCAUCAAUUGGAGCAGCUCCUGGUAUGAAUGGGUAUCAUGGAUCAGGAGUGAAACUUGAAGAAAGUUCUGGUGCUUGUGGCUCUCCGGAUGAUGGCCUGUUAGACUCCAGCGAAGAGAGUCGACGACGUCAGAAAACAUGUAGAGUAUGUGGAGAUCAUGCGACGGGCUAUAAUUUCAACGUUAUCACAUGCGAAUCUUGUAAAGCAUUCUUCAGGAGAAAUGCGUUACGUCCCAAGGAGUUCAAAUGUCCAUAUUCUGAAGAUUGCGAAAUUAAUUCUGUAAGCAGACGGUUUUGUCAGAAAUGUCGACUGAGGAAAUGCUUCACAGUUGGUAUGAAAAAAGAGUGGAUUUUAAACGAAGAACAACUGCGGCGGAGGAAAAACUCUCGUUUGAACAAUACGGGAACGUGUAAUAAAAGAUCCCAGCCAGGGAAUCAGCAGUCACCACAAGGUCCUAAUCAACAGCCACAUUUAUCACCGCAUCAUCCAGGAGUUGCAAUAUAUCCACCACAACCACAACGCCCACUAACAAUCAAUCCAAUGGACAAUCAAAUGAUGCAUCAUAUGCAAGCUAACAGACCAAAUGCCAUGCCACAACUUAUCAGUCCACCAGGAGCACAACCGUAUCCAUUGACAUCCCCAGUCGGCUCUAGUGCAUCUGACUCUCCACCAAACCGAAGUUUAACAAUGAUGCACAACGGCGAAAAAAGUCCAGAUGGCUAUGAUCCAAACAUUAUGGCUCAUCGUGCCCCGCCGCCAUCCUUCAACAAUAGGCCUAAAAUGGAUAGUGGACAGGUUGUUCUUUCCACGGAAGAAUAUAAACAACUCUUGUCUCGAAUUCCCGGUGCCCAAGUCCCUGGUCUUAUGAAUGAAGAAGAACCUAUCAACAAACGUGCGGCAUACAAUUGCAAUGGUCAUCCAAUGCCAGCUGAAACAACACCACCCUACAGUGCUCCGAUGAGUGACAUGAGCCUCUCGCGCCACAACUCCACAUCAUCUGGUACUGAAAAAAACCAUAUGACGCAUUCAACCGUGUCAGCCAUUCCAGGCAAUAGUGCACAAAAUCAUUUCGAUAUUGCAUCGUUUGGUAUGGGAAUCGUGACUGCAACCGGAGGUGGUGAUGCUGCCGAAGAGAUGUACAAACGGAUGAACAUGUUUUACGAAAAUUGCAUCCAAUCGGCUCUCGACAGCCCAGAAAAUCAAGAACCAAAACCACAAGAGGCAAUGAUUCCAAAGGAAGAAUACAUGACUCCAACACAUGGUUUUCAAUAUCAAUCUGAUCCGUAUCAAGUUCCACCAGCAGAAAGAAACAUCAAUUAUCAACUGAAUGCCGCUGAGCUUAAAGCACUGGAUGCUGUCCGAGAAGCUUUCUAUGGUAUGGACGACCCAAUGGAGCAGGGACGUCAAAUGCAGUCAUUCCUUAAGGCAAACAAAACUCCAGCUGAUAUUAUGAAUAUUAUGGAUGUUACCAUGAGGCGUUUCGUCAAAGUUGCCAAAGGUGUUCCGGCGUUCCGUGAGGUAUCUCAGGAAGGAAAGUUUUCGCUUCUCAAGGGGGGAAUGAUUGAAAUGCUGACAGUCCGUGGUGUGACCCGCUACGACGCUUCGACCAACUCUUUCAAGACACCAACAAUUAAGGGGCAAAACGUUUCCGUCAACGUGGAUGAUAUGUUUGCUAAAUUGAAUGCAAAUGCACAAGCUCAGAAAGCUAAAUGUUUAGAGUUCUUCGGUUUCUUCGACGAGGAGAUUAAAAAGAAUGAACUUGCCGUUUAUCUAGUCAUGUUGGCUGUUCUCUUCUCUGUCCGCUCUGAUCCUCCGAUGAACGAAAACGAUGUUCGCAUCGUUACAGAACGACAUAAUCAUUUCAUGAGUCUUCUCAACAGAUAUUUGGAAUCGUUGUUCGGAGAGCAGGCCCGCCGUAUCUUUGAACGGAUUCCAAAAGCACUGGGAUUACUUAAUGAAAUUGCUCGUAAUGCUGGAAUGCUGUUCAUGGGAACUGUGCGUUCUGGUGAAGCCGAAGAGCUGCCAGGAGAAUUUUUCAAAAUCAAAUAGACCUACUAGAAAUCAUCUACCAAACGAUGCCAUGCCUUCAAUACCUCACAACUUGAUUCUAUAUUGCCUCCAUCCAACAAACUCAAUCUAGCCACAUUUCUUCUUUUUCACGUACCUCAACCACCCUUUCCAUCCUACAAAUCGUAUAAUAUUCCUCUACCUCUUUAACCAAUUCAUCAUCUUUUUAUAUUGUUUCUUAUUUGCAUUCAACUUGGAAAUAGCCACUAUCAUAUCACUAUUGCGUAUUUCCUUUCAUUUUCUUGUCUUAUUUUCUUGAGACCAGCACCAGAAGAUUUUUUCGAUGGAGAACUAAGCAUGAUAAUUUGAAGUUUUCCAUUUAAAAAAUGCAGGUAAUACGGUUAAUUCAAUCUGCGAGUUGAUGUUCGGUCUCCGGUUUUCAUGUUCUACUUCUAAUGACUAGAAACCCUUUUAUCUAACAUCCGGUCCUCCUAUCCCUAAUGUACCCAGUAGAUAUUUUUUCCCCGAAUGAUUAAACCUCCCAGUCAAAUAUUGUAUUUUGUGAUUCAUGCAGCCUAGCCCCUACCUCUUAAUUCCGUCAAUACUAUCUCAGAUUUUCAUUGAAGAACUGGUCCGGAAUUAUUGAAUCAUCAGCUAGAAAAUGGUUUUCCUCAGUCAUUUUAAACUUUUUUUCUAUUUAAGACUUUCAACUCCCAACGCCUGGCAUUUUUUUGUUUCAGAUUUCUUUCUUUUUGUGGCCUGUAGUUUACCGAUUCAUGCGCGCACCCAAAAAAUUUCAACAAGUCAAUUUCCCGCUAACGUUAUAUUGUGAUGUGUCACUAUUUUAUUGUGAUUAUGUGAUUGAGAAUUUACUGCUUCUACAUCUAUCCUCUAUCCCUGUUCAGUACAAUUUUGACUUUCUAUCCUUCCUUCUUCAGCACCACCUAUUUCUUUUCAACACUGCACUGGUUCAUGUUUAGCUACGGUGAAUUUAUCUUGACAGUAGCUUAUGUAACUUUUUCUGUCUGUCUUUUCUCUUUUUUAAUAUGCAACACCACACCUCUAUUUUCCUUGCACUACCUCGAUCACACCUCCAUUUCUCAACUACCAAAAUUGUUCAUUAUUUUCCCUUGUUUUAUAUCCCGGCCACUCUCAUCUGUUUGAGUAAUUUCAAAGUCCGAUUACCCUACCCAUACUUUCUCCAUUCACAAAUGUUUCUCAAAGCUUUCCUUGUUUUGUUUCCUAUUUUAUUAUUGAGUGUGGUAUCAAAACGAUUCGUAUUCUUUUUUUUCAAACUUUUUUCAAUUGCAAAAAUUGUCGUUACCUGGUGUUCCACAAAUAAAAGUGUAGUGCAAUGUAGGUCCUUAAUUUCUCCUGUUGUCUACAUUCUCCCCAACAGUAUCUUGUCAAAACUAAUGAAUAUAAAUUUGAAAUCU